CGCCGCGCACCGUGCAACAACGAGAUAUUGUCGAAUUUUUUUCUGAAUUCAGAAAAAUAUGUUGAUAAACAAUACAAAAUUGCCAAACAACAAAAAAAAAAACGAAAAUAUAUUAUCAAAACAAAAAUAUAUAUAUGUAUAUAGAUAUAAAAUUUUCGAACUGAACGGUGGAUGUGCGCGUUUUCGUGCGAGGUGCGAGUGAGACGGGAGCAGCCGAGAAAACAAGUGUAUAAUGAUGCGGGAAAUAACGGUGCAUGGCAUCAAGUAUUGAACUAAGAUUCCGGUGCAAGCGUUUUCCUGAAUCGUUUUAAAAAUAUUCGGAAAUGUUGGCCCAAAAUCAAUCGAAAUUCGUCAAGUGAAGUGCAGAAUCGAAACCGGUUCGCCUCCGCAAAGAGAAAAGCCAAUAGCAAAACCAAAAUUAAAGCCAGCGCAAGAAUUUUUGUUGUUUGGCCAAAGUAGCGCUGCCGGCGUCGUCGUCGACGUCGUCGCCGUUUGGUGCAUCCGUGUGUUUGUGCGUGCGUGUGUGUGCUAGCAUCUCGGUGAAAAGAAGUGAAAAAGAGAAGCAAAGUCAACGGCAAAGGAAAAGGUACGCCAAAAACAAAAGCAGAAACCUGUUCCCUGAAACAAAAACAACGACGACGGGCUCUGCUGCCACAAAAAGUGGCACAAGCGAAAAUUCCUGCCUUCUUGUUGUUGUCUUGUAUUAUGAUUUUUUUUCGGGUUUUUUGACAAUCGCCAAAAGUGAAAAUCAAUUUGGCAGAGCGCGCGCGCAUAGAGAGGAAAAGGAAGAGCAAGCGAGCGAGCGAGUCCUGUUUUUUACCCAGCCCAAAAAUUGGAGAACGAAAACCUGACGAAAAAAUACCACUAACCACUGAGAGCAACAAAAACAAAAACAAAUGUAAACCAUCGGGAGACUACAACAAAAGUAAAUAAAUUUGAGCCGGAUUCCGGGGAAAUUCGGGAAAAGCAACGAAAUCAAAGAGAGAGAGAGAGAGUUGUCCACUUAUCCAGAGCUGCACUUGAUCGAACGCCUGCCUGAACAAGUCUUCCGUCGGCGAGAGAGCGGAGUGAGAUCCAUGAUAUGUCACAAUCAACGGAAGAUUACUUCUACGAACUUCCACGAAAUGUCCAAACGAAACGCAUUCCACCAGCAAAAGAUACGAACCUACCGACCAAUCAAAUAAGCAGCCAAGAGAGGGAGAGAUUAGCAUUAAGGAAUCAUCGAAUCGAAUCGAAUCGAUAAAUCGUAAGCCGCAAAAAGGAAGCAGAAGCGAUAGAAAGGAAGGCGUUGUUUACACAGGAGAAUACCCUGUAGAGAAGCCCCUGCCUGCCGCACAGGGGAGCCAAUUGCGGAGAGUUGGAGAGAAAAGCCGCCAAAAUUACGACGUAUCACCCACCAACGCCCAAAGUCAAACAGAACCCGGCCAAUAUGGACGCCACGUCCGGGCCGGGGGCGUUUGACGAUGAGCCGCCGCCAGAGCCGCGCGACGGAUGGCUGCUGGUGCGCAUCCAUGUGCCGGAGCUGAACGUCUACAAGUGUCUGCAGUUCCCAUCGGAGCGUCUCGUCUGGGAUGUCAAGCAGCAGGUGCUCGCCUCGCUGUCAAAGGAACUUAAGGAGAGCUUCAACUACGGCCUCUUCGCCCCGCCCUCGAACGGGAAGGCGGGAAAGUUUCUGGAUGAAGAGCGUCGGCUGGGCGACUAUCCAUUCAACGGCCCCGUCGGCUACUUGGAGCUCAAGUACAAGCGACGCGUCUACAAAAUGCUGACCCUGGACGAGCGCCAGCUGAAGGCCCUGCACACCCGGGCCAAUCUGCGCCGAUUCCUCGAGUGCAUCAACGGGGGGCAUGUGGAGAAGAUAGCCAAGAUGUGUGCCAAGGGACUGGACCCCAACUUCCACUGCUCGGAGAGCGGCGAAACGCCGCUGAGCGUGGCCACCGGUGCCAAGAAACCGAACAAAGUGCUCAUUGCCUUGGUCAAUGGCGGGGCCCUGUUGGACUACAGGACCAAGGGCGGGACCACGGCCCUGCACCGGGCUGUGGAGCACCACUCCCUGGAGGCGGUUAGUACCCUCCUGGAACUCGCCUCGCCCAACUACCGCGACGGGCGUGGGAUCACGCCCCUGUACAUCUCGAUAACCAGAAAGUGCGAAUCGAAGAUCACGGAGAGCCUGCUGCACGACCACGCGACGCUCGGUAUCCAGGAUAGCCAGGGCUGGAACGAGGUCCAUCAGGCCUGUCGGCACGGCCUGGUUCAGCACUUGAAACACCUCCUGUUCUACGGUGCUGACAUGGAUGGCCGCAAUGCGUCCGGCAAUAGUCCGCUGCAUGUGUGCGCCGUCAACAACCAAGAGGCUUGUGCCCGAAUGCUUCUCUUUCGCGGCGCCCAGCGCGUCGCCCAGAACUUUGCCAACCAAACUCCCUAUCAGGUGGCUGUCAUAGCUGGCAACUUGGAGCUGGCCGAAGUCAUUGAGAAGUACAAAUCGGAGGAUAUUGUACCCUUCCGCGGACCGCCGCGCUACAAUCCGAAGCGGCGCUCGGGCAUCGGCUGGCUGAGCGCCAAUGGAGCCGCCGGGGCUGCUCUGCUGGCUGCGGCUGGCGGUGGUCUUGGUGGUGCAAUGAUCAGUGACAGUGCCCAUCCGAAUGGCCUCGGAAACGAAAACGGAAUCGGAAACGGAACGGGCAAUGCCAGUGUUGGCGGUGGGGGUCUGAUGAUGAUGAUGAUGCAGCAUCAGAACCACCAACAGCAGCAGCACAACCACAAUCCCCAUCAUCUGCACCACCAGCACCAGCACCAGCUUCAGCUGCAUCAGCAUCAGCUGCAGCUGCACGGCCCGCCCUCGCCGUGCCCCUCGGAGCACAUGCUGGGCGGCUACAGUUCGGCCAGCUCCAGCCUCUCCGAGGGCUCCUCGGGACACCGUUCGCACGAGGACGACAUCAGCAUUGUCACAGACAAAUCCCUGGGCGAUACGAGCGACAUCAUCAGCGACUCGUCGGGCGUGGGAACCAACUCGGACUCGGCCGCCUGCUCGAUUGGACACCCCAGCACCAAUGUCGUGUGCAUGGAGCCGUAUGUCGGCAACACAGUGGGGCACAUCCGGCUACAGCCCGGCGACGUCAUCGAAGUGGUGGGCAGCACCGACUGCGGCCUGCUCGAGGGCUAUGUGAGGGGCACCAAUCAGUCGGGCUUCUUCCCCGCCGACUGCGUCCAGGAGGUGAAUCUGCGCCAGAAGCACAUCACCAACGUGAUGACCGCCAGCACGGGCAUGCCCGCCCCCAACCAGCAGGCCCCACUGCAGCACCAGCAGCAGCAGAAACAGCAGCAGCACCAGCAGCAGCCCUCCUCCUCGGCCUCCUACCAGGGAUCGCCGCAGCUCAGCCUCGGCGGGCACUCGGGCAGCUCGAGCACCCUGCUGCAGCAGCCCCACCAUUCGCCCUCGCUCUCGAUGACCAGCAACGGGUCCUGCCAGCAGCCACAGCAGAUGGCAGAGAGUAACGGGGGAGCAGGCGGUGCCCCCAUGGGCUGCCACAACAACAACAACAACUCCAUUGGACAGUACAGCAGCGCCACAGCGCCGCGCAUCAAGAAGAGCGCCUACAAUGCCCCACGUUCGGUGGUGCUGCACCGCGCCAAGCGCGGCUUCGGCUUCAUUUUACGGGGGGCCAAGGCCAGCUCCCAGCUGAUGCAGCUGCGACCCUCGGAACGUUUUCCGGCUCUGCAGUAUCUGGACGACGUGGAUCCGGGCGGAGUGGCCGACAUGGCCGGCCUGCGGCCGGGCGACUUCCUGCUGACCAUCAACGGGGAGGACAUGAGCGCCGCCUCGCACGAGCAGGUGGUGGAGAUGAUCCGCUCGGCGGGAGCCCUGGUCAACAUGACGGUGAUAUCGCCGCAGUUCCCCCACCAGAUGCAGGCCACUGUCCAGUGCCUGCCCAGCGGGGCCAGGGCCGGCAGCCAGCACUUGUCGAGUGGCCCGAGCACUCCGCAGACGUCGCACCGCCAGUGCGCCACAUUGCCGCGCAAGAUGUCUAUGGGACCGGGCAGUCAUGGCGGCGGCUCCUCGGCCGGAGGGAGUGUGCGGAUGGCACCCAUGCCACCGCGAAGGGACCCUAAGACGACGCUGAGCGUUGGACGGGCCAGGGCCAAGUUCAUGGUGGCUGGCCUCGAGAACGGCGGCGAGAAGGAGGACGAUGUGCAGCACACCAAGUCCAUUUCGGUGGAGUCCAUUGCCACGUCCAUUGCGGCGUCCGUGGCCACAAGCAACGGCAACGGCAACAACAAUCAGACAGGACCCGGCACCCCCGUCCAGCUGCGGACGGCCAGCAUCAAGGCCCGGCCUACAUCGAGUCGAAUCACGGCCGCAGAGCUGGAGGAGCUCUUCCAGCGGCAGCAGGGCGAUGGCAGUGCCGCCAAUGCCAGCCGUUAUGCCACCAUGAUGACCAGCUCCCGGUUCCAGUCGGGCACGGACAGUGGCGCGGCCACGCCUCCCGCCACGAGCGGAUCCCCUAUGAGGAGCGGACCCCUGGUCUACGGCAGUGUGGCGGAAAUGAAGCGCAAGACGGCCAGGAGCAAGCACGGAGGGAUCAUUGGCAGCGGCAGCGGCGGCACUCUGCGUGGCAAGCCAGUGGCCACGCCCACAGUGGGUGGGGCUGGGGGAGUAGGCGGCGCUGGAGGACGCGACUUGAAGCGAUUCCACUCCACGCCCGACCUGCACGGCGCCCAGCUGCACGGCUCAGUCUCGUCCAUCUGGCAGGCGGCCGACAAGGGUCAUCACUCGCAGGACGAUGUGGCCACGCUGGACGCCUCGCUGCAGCGUCUCAACACCAUGGAAGCCAAGGGGGCAGUCGGCGCAGUGCUUCCGCCACCCAAUCAUACCCCACCGCCGCCGCCUGUCGGCCAGGUGGUCAAGGUGGAGACCCGAAGCAGCGUCUCGGAGUACGAGAGCACCAUCUCCUUGCAGCAGAAGCUGAAGAAGCGGACCGAGAACGAUGCCGUGACCAGUGCGGCCAUCGAUGGCGUACAGAGCAGUUUCAAUCCCUCAGCCAACGCCAAGAUCUAUGCCUCGCCCCAGGAGCUGCGCAACGUGAUGGCCUGGAAGCUGCGUCAGGCGCAAGAGAAGCCGCCCCAAGAGACCUCCUUGAGCUCUCAGCAGCAACAGCAACAGCCACUGCCACAGGUACAGCCACAGGCCCAGCACCAGGUCAGCCAAUAUGCAGCACCCACACAGAUGCGUCCGCAGCAGCAACAACAGCAGCCUCAGCAGCAGCCCACUGGAGCGACCUCCCACUAUGCGGCGCCUCAGGUGCAGGUGCCAGUGCAGCAACAGCAACAGCAGCCGGAGCCCCAGUCCCCGCCUGCACCACCGCCACCACAGUCUCAGUCACAGUCUCAGUUGCAGUCCCAGCCGGCGCCUGCUGCAGCUCAGCAAGCAGCACAGAAUGAAAAUGGGAAUGGUGGUGGUGGAGGUGGAGCCCCGCCUAUCCCCGAGCCGGACUACAGCUGCAGCGAGUCGGAUGGGGAGGACGAGAACUCGAUUCUGGUGGCACGCAACACGAAGCUCAACGAGAAGAUAGCCCUGUUCGAUGUGCCCGAGACCAGCGGCAACAGUCAGACCAGUGGCAGCAGCUCGAACUCCGGCAGUGCGUCCAUCUCACAUUCGCUGUCGGUGGAGGAAAUCCAACGCAUACGCAGUAAUCUCAAGACCUCCAAGUCCUCGCCCAAUGGCUUCGCGAAGAAGCCUGACGAGGAGCAACAGCAGCAGCAGCAACAACCACAGCCAUCUCCAGGUCCAGGCGAAGAUGAGUGCGACACUAGCAGUUCUGGUGUAAGCAGCGAUCAAGAUGGUCUGAUGGCCAUAGCAGGAGGAGGAGGAGGAGCUGCAGCAACAGCGGCAGUCGCCAAGCCCACUGACACCAUCAAGAAGAAGCCGACAGUGACCAUUGUGGAAGAGCCGAAGACUAUACCCGAUCAGCCCAUGGCCUCCACCAAGCCCAUGGCCAAGACAACAAUCAGCAUUGGAGCAGCAAGUGGACGAUCCACCACCAAGCUGACUGUCAAGCAGUUGGUGCAACAGCAGCACGUUCCCGUUAUACAGCAGCAUCAGCAGCAGCUUAUCACCAAGCCGACAGCCACUGUGGCUACAAUGGCCAGCAACAUCAACAUGAAAUCUCUCGGCGGCAACAAUGCCACAUCAGUGAUGAGUCCACAGGUUCUGGGGCGCAUACCCAACGUGCAUCAUCAUCAGCAGCAACAGCAGGCGAAUCCCAACCAGAAAUUAAUAGCCACGCAGCAGCAGAUCCUGCAGCAACAGCAACAGCAGCUGGCCCACCAGCAACAUCUGCAGCAGAUCCUCAAGGCGAAGGCAGCCGCCGCCGGAGGAGCUAGCAACACGGCCGCCCUGGUGGCCAAGCAUCAGCAGCAGUUGCACAAGGGAAACAGCGGCCACGAGUCGGAGAUGGAGCAGCGUUCCGACCUGGAGGAUGACGACGGAGACCUGAGCCCCUCGCCGCCUGCCAAGGCCUUCCAGCGGCACAACUCGCUCACACGCAAGCAGGCGGCGGCCAUUGCCAUGCAGCGGGGCGUGACCCGCACCUCGGCCGUCUCGCUAAUGCAGUUGCCGCCGCCACUGGAGGCCGACAGCGAUGGUGAGGUUCCGCAGCACACAUUGCAACGCCAGCAUCCCCAUCCACACCCACACCAGCUCCAGCAGAUCCAACACCAGCAACAGCAGCAGCAGCAGCAGAUGGCCACGCAUAUUGUGGGCGUCUUGCCUAGCGGACAGUUGGUGGCUGUUGCCUCUGCUGCUGUUGCUGGUGGUCCAGGCGGGGCGACUGUAGCGCAGCCUGGCAACAACAAUAUGCAGCUGUGCACCGAGAACUUGGUCCUGGCGCCGCCGCCGCAGUUCUGCGAUUGUAACGAUGCCAAGCACGCGCCGCAAUCGCAGCCGCAUCUGCCUGGCGGCCAGUAUCAUUCUCAGCAGCAUCAGCAGCAGCAGAUUCAACAGCAACAGAUUCAACAGCAACAACUCCAACAGCAACAACAACAGAUGCUGCACCACUAUCAGCGUCUGUCAGGCGGCACUUUGGGACGAGUUCGCAUCGUUGGCUUCAUGCCCAAGGCCAAUCACCAUCGGCUGCACUAGGCUGAGCUGGAAGAGCUGCACGAGCUGCGGGAAUCAAAUCUAACAUUUGCCAAAUCGUUAAGUCGUUAAUUAGAGUUAGUCAACUGUCAUUGCCAUUCACUGCCUGCACCCGAGGAAAGACGCCACAAGUAGAGAAUUAAGCAACACGAAGGCAUAGAAUACAUAGCAGGCAUAGCAAUGGAUCCAUUUCAGACACAAAUCAAAUCGUUGCUACUUCUGUAUAUUCACAGCAAAUACACAACAUUCAAGUUCAAAGCGCUAAACCCACAAGAAAGUAAUUAUAAAUGCAAAUAUUGCCAAUAGAGACGGAUGUUAGGUGCGUGCAUGUGUGUCGUGUCCGAUUUGUCGAGGCAGUGCCCAGUACCAGAGGGAAGCUAAACGAAACACAAUCUUAAAUUACUUUUAUUAUAUUUAUUGAGUGUGAUAUAAAUUUAUGUAGGCUGACCGAGAGCAGCAACUAAACAAAAAUAUUUCUAAUCCGACAGAAAGUGUGCGCGUUUGUAUGCAAUAUUGUAUUAUGUUAGUCACCAAAACCACACCCAAAUGCCUGUUCCAACCAUUGAAAACAAACUGAAUCGAACUGAAUGUAUUCGUUUCUCUAGUUUGCUUUAGAUCUGCACAGUGUCGAUGAAAUGCCCCAAUAGAAGUAGCCACGUAUAUAUGUAUGCAUAGCCGAUUUAGUUCGUAAUGUUGAGGGGGCCGCCAGGGCAGGUUCAUUUCUUCAGUAUCCAUCCAUUGAUCAAUCGAGUUCGUGUUCGUGUUCGUAUUCGUAUUCGUGUUCGUGUUCGACUAGUGCACAAAAUAUUUAAGCGACAUUAACAUUAUUAAUCCAAUACACAACUAGCGCAGGUUUUAUAUGCCUAAAAAAACGGGAGAAUGCGAUAGACAAUGCAACAAUAAGAUUUGUAUUUGAGCAUUUAGCCAAAUUUCCAGUCAAGUCAAGUCAACUAAAUUAAAUACUAAACCGAUACUAAAACUUGUAAUGUUUUUAAACAUGAAUAUAACACGAUAUACCAUAGCCUCGGACAUUUUAUAAUAUAAAAAGAAGAAGAAGAAGAAAAACAAAAACAAUUUGGAAAUCCAAAACGAAAACAAAACGUAAAUUUUUGCUCGUAAAAUUUACAGAUUUUUACUUUAAUAGAUUUUUUGUACAAUUGUUUUUUAGAGAAACCCUUAAACUUGCCGAAUGAGGAAAGUCGCGUAUUAUAUUGAAAGAGGUUCUCACAUAUUUGCCAGCGCUUAACGCAAAUAUCGUCAUUGGCAACCAAAACUUACAGAAUGCGUUUUCACGAGUAACAAUUAUUAUAUAACUAAGGCUGAUCUUAUUGCAUAAUUCAUACUAAAACACAACCACAGAUAAAGAUAUAGAUACGAUACAGGCUCUGAAGCAGAAACAGAAACAGAAUUCACAGAAUCACACAUUUAUAGAUGAGACAAUUGAAUAAUAACGAAGAACUCCAAUCACCAAACAAGCGAUUGAUACAUUUACACUGUUGAAACGAGGCUGCAGGCUCUUUGAGAUAUGCAAGAAUUGAGUGGUAAUACGAGUAUAGUGAAAUCUUUCGAAUUGUCAGGCCGCACCUUUUCCCUAGAAUCUAAGUGUUGAAAAGUUAGUACCCAUAAAGCUAAACCAUAAACAUAAUACAACAUACAAGUAAUUAUCGGCAGAUCUAGCAUCUAACCAGAUUUUAUCACACUUUUUAGUUCUCGCAAUAGUUGCUAAUUAUUUGUAAAUUGUUUUAGUUCAAGCCCACGCCACACAUACACCCCCUUACAUACGAGUAUAUACAGAAACAUGUAUGAUUAGCCGUCAAGCUUGCUAGUUACUAAGUUAAACUGCCUGGGAUAUCCAUGUGGAUUGCUCAGUUAAGUCCUACACACGUCUAGAUACAUACAUUCUUAAACCUAUAUUAUGCGCAUUAUAUGUAAACCGAUUACGUUCAGCUGUUCAGCUUUCAAUUGCGAAUGCCGGAAGCUAUACGAGUAUAAACGAAUAUUGAAUAUGCAUACACCACAAUGAUAAUGUUAAACGAUUAAAGCACACUCCCCUACACACACCCACACACACUUUAAAAGCAUAUAUUUAAAAUUAUGGCAAAUAUCUAUCAUAAGUCAUCAAAUAUGCAAUUAUGUAUUAUGAACAUGCGUAUGAAGAAUCAAUAAAUAUGAAUGAAAACUA